AUGGCAGCGAAUAACAGAACGAUAAAUAUGCCCGAUGAAAACCAAACCUCUUCGCUGGUGCACUGUGGCGAAUGUUCCAGGCUGGAAGAGUCAGCGAAACUUGUUGCUUGCGAUAACUGUUCUCGCUGGUUCCAUUUCUCGUGUGCUGGAGUAGAUGAUUCCGUGAAAGAUCGUAGCUGGUUAUGUCGCCACUGCAUAGCAGCAAAUCCCACUCGAGCCAAGUCUAAUUCCGGGCAGUCCAAGGCCUCUGCGAAGAGUCGAGUGUCAGCUAUUUCAGCAGGACUCGAUUUGCGCCUUAAGCAGCUGGAAGAAGAAAGGGAGAGUCAGGCGCGGUUGCUUGCGGAGAAGCAGGAGAAGGAAAAACAAGCUCUGAUCGAAAAAGGAAAUCUGGACAUGGAAUUCAUCAGCCGAAAGUAUGCGCUUCUAGCAAGUGAGGCAUUAGCGAACGAAGAAAGAGCAAGCGUGCGAAGUCGCAAAAGUGGUGCGAGUUCUCGCAGUCGAGUCAGGGAAUGGCUCGAGCAAAACCAACAUUUGGGAGGUAUGGCAGUUACUUCUACAACUGACACUACUACCGUGGCGACGGGUGUAAUGACAACAGCAGUGUUCAGCAACCUCCCUUUAAUUGGGCCAACGACAGCAGUGCGUGCAACAGUUGUUGAUCCAAAAGCUAUUCGUGAUGUAAAUGAACCAGUACGAGUUUCUGAUCAAUUAGUGUCUAAACCAUUGAUCCAUCAUCCGUUCAGCAAGCCCGAAACGCGGUAUACAGGAGCAAUUUACAAGAACCCAGUAGUUGCUAAAGAGAGAGGAAACGUUUUGACGUCGACGCCUAUUCGCAGCUCAGCACCGCAAGUAUCUUUUCCUACAUUGCGCCAACCUGCCACUCAAGUAUCAUGUGUGUUUACAAAUCCUCUCAACCCAAGACAGCCUGGGGCAGGAGAUCAACAGAGUUAUCCAGCUAGAAUCAGCUGCGGAAUUGAGCCUCAAGUUGUAUCUAGUGCUACUUAUUACCCAGCUGUACCACACACACUUGCUGCCGUUAAUGUAACGCAAUAUCCCGUGGGAGUGCCACAGAUGCCUGCGAUCGUGCGUUCAGAACCACAACAAGCAUUCGAUUUCAAUUAUCUACCGGCACCAUCACAACAAAGGAAUCCAGUAUCGAAUAGUUUACUGUCCGCCUAUGACAUUUCGUACCCGAUACCCCAGUUACUUCCCCAGUCUUCCGGCACAGCAACUAUGGAAGGAAAAGGAAUUCCAGGUGUUUCAGUUGAUGAACAAAUUUCCGAAGUCACUUGUAUGCCCCCCGUCAGCAGCAGGGUUUGUACAAUGCCACAAGAAACCCCUCACUAUGUUCCAUUGUACGGUGGUGCUCCAAUUGCCGCGUCCAGAGAAGCUCCCACAGUUUUCCCGCCAUCUUCUUGUUUGGAUCGACAAGCACCCAUAAUACGUGUCGACUCGCAAAGCCACAACUACAACCGUUUUGCGCCGCAACCAAAUAUUUCCGAACCAGUGUAUCAUCAUCAAGGGAUAGGGAAUACAGGUCCACAGCCAUAUCAACUCGCUGCCAGGCAGAUUGCGAGUAGAGAGUUACCGAUGUUCGCUGGAAACGCCGAAGAGUGGCCGCUAUUUGCAAGCAUCUUUCAAACAUCGACGCUAAUGUGUGGGUUUUCAGAUGCAGAAAACUUGUUGCGCUUGCAAAAGUGCUUAAAAGGUAGUGCUUUGGAAGCGGUUAGAUGCCAUUUGAUGUCUCCCUCCUCGGUUCCACAGAUUAUGGAAACGCUUGAAAUCUUAUUUGGAAAUCCAGAGCGGUUCAUACAAUCGUUGCUACAGAAAGUUCGGAAUGUUCCACCGCCAAAACCGGAAAGGUUAGACAUGCUUAUAAAUUUCGGCAUAGCAGUCCAGAGCCUCGUAGGACAAAUAAAAGCCGCUAAACUGUAUGGCCAUCUGAACCACCCUUCCUUAUUGCAAGAGCUUGUUGGCAAAUUACCAUCCUACUUACAGAUGGAUUGGGCUCAUCAUAAGAGACGUUUGAGAGACGUAAAUUUGAGUACGUUUGGAGAGUUUAUGCUUGACAUAAUUUCCGACGCUAGUGAAGUGACGGUUUCAAGUGAUGUCGGCUUUGUCAACCAGGGAAAGAUGAGCCGAAAGGAUAAGGAUAAUGCUCACUUUAACGCUCAUGUUCAGGUUCCGUUGAAGAUUGUAGAUGCAAAUUCCAAACAGCCACAGAAUCCCAUCAUAUCAUGCUUCGUCUGUAAAAGUACUGGCCACAGAAUUCGUGAUUGCUUCAAGUUCAAAAAUCUUACACUUUGCGAACGCUGGAAACAAGUCGAUUUGCAUCAACUUUGUCGAAAAUGUUUAGUUCCGCACGGCCGAUGGCCAUGCAAGGCCAAAUCAAGAAAAACGUGUAACAGCAAGGGCUGCGACGGAGAGCACCAUAAUUUGCUUCAUCCAGGCCAACCGAAAGGAGAGAAAAGGACAAAUGCGGACGAAACACCCGCGUUGCUAGGGUUCCACCGCCAGCUGCAAGCUAGUGUACUUUUCCGUAUAGUUCCAGUUGUGUUGUACGGAAAUGGACUGAAACUACAGAUUUUCGCAUUUUUCGACGAAGGAUCUUCCACCACUCUCAUCGAGAAGGAAGUCAUACAGAAAUUGGGACUCAAAGGGUCAGAUGCGCCACUAUGCCUACUUUGGACAGGCAAUGUCACACGAGAGGAAACUGAUUCAAGCAAACUUGAUUUAACGAUAUCGGGAACACGAAGUGAUAGAAAGUUCAAACUCAGAAAUGUAAGAACCGUUGGAACGUUGGGUCUGCAUGCUCAAUCUCUGGAUUAUGAGGCACUAGCUGAUCAGUACAAUCAUUUAGCCAAGCUACCGAUCGACAGUUAUCAAAAUGCGAUUCCUAAACUUCUUAUCGGCCUAGACAACAUACAAUUAACACUACCGACCAAAACUAGAGAAGGAAAGCGAGACGAACCGUUAGCGGCUAAAUCGUGUUUGGGUUGGAGCGUUUCCGGGAAAACAGGCACUAUGGAAAAUAGUUUUGCAUCGACAUCAUUACAUAUUAGAGAAUGCUCUAAGGAUAAUGCUCUUCACGAAUUGGUCAAAGAGUUUUUCGCAUUGGAAAGUCUAGGUAUUUCUUCAGGACCUGUUCUUCAGUCGACAGACGAUCAGCGCGCUCUUGCGAUCCUGCAGCGGACAACGGUUAAGCGGAACGACGGUCAUUUUGAGUGUGGACUGCUGUGGCGCUUCGACGACAUCGAGGUUCCUCCUACUAAAAACAUGGCCAUUAAUAGACUCCGUUGCCUAGAAAGACGGCUAUCGAAGCAUCCAGAAUUGAAAACUGCAUUAGAGAAUCUUAUCGACGAAUAUCAGGAGAAGCAGUAUGCUCAUAAAGCGACGGCGGAUGAGUUAAGUAGCAUGGAUCCGAAACGGAUGUGGUUUCUUCCACUUGGUGUCGUUUUGAACCCCCGGAAACCCGGAAAAGUCCGAAUAAUUUGGGACGCUGCAGCUAGAGUAAAUGGUGUCGCCUUCAACGAUUUGCUCUUGAAAGGACCAGACAUGCUUGCUCCCCUCCAUUCAGUUCUUUAUCGAUUCCGACAAAGGCAAAUAUGCAUCACGGGUGACAUUCGAGAAAUGUAUCACCAAAUCAAAAUAAGAGCUGAAGAUCGUCAAUCUCAACUAUUUUUAUGGAGGAAAGAUCCUCAAAACGAACCUGACGUUUUCGUGUUAGAUGUGGCCAGCUUUGGCGCCACAUGCUCACCCUGCAUGGCGCAAUACGUAAAAAACGUCAAUGCCGAAGAAUGGAAAGUUGAGUAUCCGGAAGCAGAAGAACCAAUCAAACGAUCGACUUAUGUAGACGAUUAUGCCGACAGCCGCGAUUCAGUGGAGGAGAUGGUGAAGAUCGCAUUGGACGUUCGUACAGUUCAUUCGAAAGCCGGAUUCGAACUACGUAAUUUUCUAUCGAAUUCUAAAGAGGUUCUGGAACAGAUGGGUCAGGCAAGUGAUGUGCAGCAGAAAGAAUUCGCCAUCGUUCCGGCCGAACAAUAUGAGCGAGUUUUGGGCAUGACCUGGUACCCAUCCGAAGACUCUUUUGGAUUUUCCGUCAAUGUUCCAACAGAUCUACAAAAGGUAAUUUCCGGUUCCAUCAAUCCAACGAAACGGUCUAUUCUACGAGUGGUGAUGAGUCUUUUUGAUCCUCUUGGUUUGAUCUCAAAUUACGUUAUCCAUGGGAAAACAUUACUGCAGGAUAUUUGGAGGGCUAAAAUUGCGUGGGACGAGCCAAUUCCCAAUGAACUGGAAUCCAAAUGGAAGCGUUGGAUUGAAUUGCUCAAGGAGAUACCAAGUUUGCGGUUCGCUAGGUGCUACUUUCCAAAUUACCAACCGACAAGCCUUCAAACACUCCAGGUGCACGUUUUCGUGGACGCUAGCGAGACAGCGUUUGCAUGUGCAAUUUAUUUUCGCAUGGUGGACCACCAUAAACCAAGAGUAGCCUUAGUAACUGCGAAAGCAAAAGUAACGCCUUUGAAACCGCUUUCCAUUCCGCGAGCGGAACUCGAAGCUGCACUAAUAGGAAGCAGAUUGCUUCGAACGGUCAUAGAAGGACAUACGAUUCCUAUCGGACUGCGGUUUAUGUGGACGGAUUCUAAAACGGUUUUAUCGUGGAUCAAGUCUGACGCUCGCAAAUACCGCCAAUAUGUCGCCGUCAGAGUUGGAGAAAUUUUGGAGAUUUCAAAUCAACAGGAGUGGCAUUGGGUACCAUCUAAGCUCAACAUUGCCGAUGAAGCAACAAAAUGGGGUAAGGGUCCUCUGGUAAGCCCGAAGAGCUGUUGGGUCACUGGGCCGGAAUUUCUGUAUUUACCCGAAAACGAAUGGCCUGAGCAAUUGCCAGUUGCGACAGAUACGGAGGAGGAAAUGCGCACGUUAAACGUGCAUAGAGAAGUUAUUGUUGUUCCCCUAAUUGACCCGAAGAGAUUUUCAAAAUUCGAGAGAUUGCUCAGAUCGACGGCGUACAUGUACUACUUCAUCAAUCGCGCUCGGUACCGAUUGCGAACUACCGGACUUCUAGAGCAAGAAGAUAUUCGGAAUGGCGAAAACGUUAUUUGGCGCCAAGCUCAAGCCGAAGCAUACGUGGAAGAACUUAUUUUACUGGGCCGAAUCGGAAAAAAGGAAUCAGCAGGAAGUAGGCAGAGUGGAGAAAUCACCAGUGCAAGCCAAUUGUUUAAAUUGUCGCCAUUUAUCGACGAGUGGGGCGUUAUUCGAAUGCGCAGUCGCAUUGAAGCGUCUCCUUUUGCAAGUUACGAUGCGCGUUUUCCUAUUAUACUGCCAAGGAAAAGUCGCAUAACAAUGUUACUGAUCGACUGGUAUCACAGAAAAUUUGCCCAUGGAAAUAAUGAAUCCGUAGUUAAUGAAAUUCGACAGAGAUUCCAUAUCUCAAGACUGCGAACGGAAGUGCGUCAUUUCGCAAAGGAAUGCACGUGGUGCAAAGUGUAUCGAACAAAACCGAUAGCUCCACAAAUGGCACCAUUACCGGAAGCAAGAGUUACUCCCUUUGUGAGACCCUUCACCUAUACGGGAAUAGAUUAUUUCGGUCCCCUCUACAUCAAAAUCGGAAGAUCCAAGGUGAAACGGUGGGUGGCUCUGUUUACCUGCCUGACCAUACGGGCCAUUCAUCUGGAAGUUGUGGCAUCUCUUUCAGCGGAAUCUCUCAAGUUGGCGAUGAGACGUUUUAUCAGCAGACGAGGGCCGCCGACCGAAGUCUACACCGACAACGGCACGAACUUCGUGGGAGCAAGUCGAGAAUUGCUGAAAGAAAUCCAAUCGGUUAACGCGGGCUUAGCCGAAACCUUCACAGACCGGAACACCAAGUGGAUCUUCAUACCACCGUCCGCUCCCCACAUGGGCGGCGCUUGGGAGAGGAUGGUGCGCUCAGUUAAAGCAGCUCUAUCUACCCUUUACCAGUGUCGAAGUCCAUCAGAGGAAGUACUCCAAACCGUGUUGUGCGAUGCAGAAAGAAUGGUUAAUUCCAGACCGUUAACCUAUAUGCCGCUCGAAACAGCUGACUCGGAAGCGUUAACUCCUAACCAUUUCAUCCACCUGGCCUCAGAUGGAUCAAAGCAACCACCGAAGAACCCAACAGACGAGAAUUCGGCUCUGCGAAGCGGAUGGAAUCUUUGCCAACAUCUAUUGGAUCAAAUGUGGCGAAGAUGGAUUCGUGAAUACCUGCCCACCUUAACCAGGAGGACCAAGUGGUUCAAAGACGUCAAGGCCAUUCAAGAAGGAGAUGUUGUGUUCAUAGCUGACGAGAACGUUCGAAGUAGCUGGAUUCGAGGAAGAGUCGUGCGUACGUUGGUGGCCAAGGAUGGACGAAUCAGGCAAGCAUUCGUCAAAACUUCGGACGGUAUACUUCGACGACCGGUUACUAAGCUUGCUAUCAUAGAUGUGCUACUCCAUAGUAAACCUGGUCAACCGGAAACCCAUCCAGACCAGUUUUACGAGGCGGGGAAUGUUGCGGUCGGUGACGGGGCGGUUACGCCUCAAUGUACGGAAUCUGACGAGACCUGCUGUCAGCGAAUGCCAGAGUAA